CACUUUUCCGGGUUCUUCAUGCUGUGUUCGGCUUUCUAUAAGGUUUACUAGUGUCUGCUGGUGUAGUGAUAUGCUCCCAGAUAGUCUUAUUAAAUCGAAUUACUCGAAGGGUUAAAGUACAAUGGACGAUCGUGUACUGGACCUGAAUGAAGAACAAAUAGCCAUUAAAUCUAAAUAUCCACCUAUCAACAAGAAAUACGAAUAUUUGGAUCAUACAGCAGAUGUACAAAUACAUUCAUGGGGGGACAAUCUGGAAGAAGCCUUUGAGCAGUGUGUUAUGGGCAUGUUCGGGUACAUGACAGACACUGAAACUGUGGAACCGCUUGACACAGUAGAGGUAGAGUCAGAAGGUGAUGACAUGGAGUCCUUACUUUUCCACUUUUUGGAUGACUGGUUGUAUAAGUUCUGUGCAGAUCUCUUCUUCGUCCCUAGGGAAGUCAAGGUAGUACAUAUUGACAGAGUGCAUUUCAAAAUUCGUUCCAUUGGGUGGGGGGAGGAGUUUUCACUGGAUAAGCAUCCACAGGGUACUGAGGUGAAAGCUAUCACAUACUCUGCUAUGCAGAUUCAUGAUACAGAAAAGCCAGAGAUAUUUGCUAUAGUCGAUAUUUAAUCUCCUGUACAUCAGUAGAACUAUGAGCCUAUUUUACAGUUUUUUAAAUUUGUACAGUACUGUGGUUAUAAUAAUGGCACUUUCAAAUAAUGUGUAUAUACAUAUGUGCAGGUUAUUUUUUGUUUGAAGAAAAUAUUUUCUGAUUUGUUUCCACAAAUAAUUAUUAAAUUAUUAGUGAAUGCAAUUAUGAAAUAUAUUUUAUAUUUUUAUGCAAAUUUAAAUCAAGGUUCCUGUGAUUUAUAUGUGUCGCGAUUUUCUUUCAUGAAAUAAAUACACGUUACAUCCAC